AAGCUUCCACGAUGAAGACAUCCAAAGCGCUCCAGUCGAAUCCUGCGCCCGAAGAAUGCGGUGUGUGGUUGGACACUGUGGAGCUCAAAGGAAAAGCUAAGCAGAAAAAAACAGCCCGGCCCAUCUCCAAGAUGCUUAACCCGCUGGCAAAAGGUGCCGGUUACAGCUUGGCCGUUGUGUUCAACUUCACGCAGACCAAGACGGAGAUGCCGAGGACCAAACAGAGCUCCAUAUCCAGCUUCUUCUCGCCUCGUAGUAAAGACAAAAGCGAAACGGAUAUGCGUAACCACGGUGACGUUCAGGGGCAGAAUGACGAGCGGGCCAUCCACUGCAAAAUCCGAGAAGAGCAAACAGACGAGGUGCAACAAAACGUCCACAGAGAGGAGCAUCCAGAUGAGUUGGAACGGAAAAUCCACCAAGUCCGAGAAGAACAACCAGGCACGUCGGAACAGAAAAGCCACUAUAAAGUCAGAGAAGAACAAGCAGACAACAUCCGUUGCUUAGUCCGAGAAGAGCAAGCAGACGAGAUGGAACAGAACAUCCACCGCAAUUUCCAAGAACAUCAACCAGACAAGAUGGAAUGGAACAUGCGCCGCACAGGCCAAGAAGCGCAACCAGAUGAGAUUGACCGGAACCCCACCAUCUUAGUCCGAGAACAGCAACCAUACAAGAUGAACCGUGGACAAGGAUUCAUUGUUAAAAUGAAGCAAACAGUCAAGGAUUUUCAUGAGUUUGAUCGAAGUCAAGAGGCCUUUCGGACGGAGGCCGAAGGCAAAACGUCCACUCAGAAACCGUUUCAACUUGUUCACUCUUGUCAUAAAGACGACGAGAAAGAAAACAGCCUCUUACGCGACGACGAGGACAGCCUGGCCCGGAUGUUCACCCAGGACUCUGACGGCUUUCGGGUGAUCGCGCACCGAUUUCGGAGGAGUCCCCUCAGAAAUCGCAACGACGUCAUCACUUCCGCCACGAUGAAACCCGCAAAGACUUUAUUUGACGUUGAGGACGCACUCUUCACGCAAGACUCUCAGGGAAAUGUGGUGAUUAAACAUUGACACGAGGGGAA